ACUCAACGCUGCGCCAGCUGCCCUAUCCUGUCUCUUUAAAUGAGACAGAGCUGCUCUGCGUGUGUGUGCCUGCUUCUGUGUGUGUCUGUGCGUGUGUGUGUUUGUGGAGGAGAAAUUGCGAGAUAGUGAGGGCCCCUCUGUUGUGGAGGAGGACUGGGUGAUAAAAAAAAUACGGAAGAGACGAUAUUUUUCAAAGAUUUGGACGAAUUGAGGGGGGCUACUCUUGGGCUCUUCCCUUCAUUUGACCGAUUUCGGAUCCGUUCGCUUCUCUUGUAUCCAUGGGCUCGGUAGGCGCAUCCCUCGCCUCCCAGUAGGACAUAGCGGGCAGGGCUACCUCGUAAUAAUUAUUUAUAUCGCUCUCUGUGCCGCAACGUCAAGAGAAACGUGAGGAAGCGAUAACAGUGUCCUAUCAUGGAUUAAUGCUCGAGCGAAUCUCCAUCUGAAAGGUAAGAUAUGUGCAAAAAACAACAGGCCGAGGAGGAUGUGGCAAUGGGUGCGGAUUGUGUGUUGCAUGCCUGUGCUUUUGAUAGGCUCAGUCAUAGGAUGUCGGGUUAUGGCAGCAGCAGCAGCAGCAGCAUCCACACUGCGGCUCCUCCGCGCAGAUAAGGCGGAGGGUUUUUUUUAAGGGGUGAUGUGGGUGAAUGGCGCUGGGAAUUCCAGCUCUUUGUGUGCACAACGGGGCCUUUAUUGAGACAAACACUGAUCAGCCGCAUCGAGCUGCGUAUUAUUCACAAACAUAAUGACGUCAGUGUCUGUCAGUGACGUAACCUUUGGGUUCACAAUUAUGCAGUAGUGCAAUUUCCGUCUCUUUUUGCAACCAGGUGUAUCAGGUGUGUUGCUGUGUUGUGGCCUAACUGUGUCAGGUGCUCUCUCAGCUCCAUGUCAUGGGUCUAAGUCCUAAAGUAAAGGAUGAUGGGUGAUGAUGAUGAUGAUGAUGAUGAUGAUGAUUUUAACCCUAACUCCUCAAACACACAGCUUUUUCCAGCUUCAGUCAUGGGAAACCUCUGACUGUAUCUCAGGAAACUUUGUGACCUGCAUAUAUGGGCAGUGUAAAGUUCUUGUUAUUAUGAAGGUUAUUAUCGGGGCUGUUGAGUGUUUUGGAUUUGCUCAUGCAAGAUUGUAGGGGAGAGUGGGGUAAGUUGAGCCAAAGGGUAAGUUGAGCCACCCCCUGUUGCUUGGAAAUGGUAAAAGAAAAUGAUCAUGUGACCAAAUAUUUAGGAGAUGGGCAUCAAUUCAUGGAGUCUGUGAAGGUUAGAAGUACAUGAGUGAAGGGGUUAGACAUUUAUUUACAAAAAAAAAAAAAUUCACUCUUAAAAGUGAAUUUAGUCUGUCAUAAGUUUUAUCAGAAUGGUGUUCAGACCAAAAAAUAUCAUUUUAAAUUUGUUUUAAAUGCAUCAAUUGUGGUAUCUAUGAGCUACAACAUGAGGUCAAAAACUCAUAGCAUAAAAGUCCACCAUUUUAGUUUAGAGGUAAAGUUUUAGAGUAAAGGAGUCUGAUAAGAGGAUCAGAGUUUCAGUUCAGAUUGUUGAAAUGUUACUUUUUCUUUUCAUAAAUACAGCUGUGAAUGUUCUGAAUCACUUAAAGACAUUCUCAUGUUAAAAUGGCUUUCUGGUAGUUAUAUGCAAUAAUAAUAAAAACAAUUAUUGCACCAAUCGAAUAGCGUACAAUUGAUUUAAAAAAACACAUGAAUGUGAAGAAGUGACUGUUAUUUAGGGAGAGAGAAGGUGAGGGAGGGCUGGGGUGGAGAGUGGGGGGGGUAGUAGGGAUACGGCUCAACUUACCCCGCUCCUAUGGUCAACUUACCCCAUACACGGGGUAAGUUGACCAUAGGAGACCACUUUUUUUGGCAUGCUAUAUUAUCAAGACAGUUAUGUUUACACUCAAUCUGUUGGUUUGCAGGGAUGCACAACACCUUGAAAUAUAUGCAGAUACACUAGUUAGAGACAAAACUACGAUCGCCUUGAUGUAGUGAUCUGAAAUAUGAAAAAUGGCUCAUCUUACCCCACUCUCCCCUAUAUUGUCUGUCUAUUGCAUGAGUCCUGUGAGUUAAAGAGGGCUCUUUUCUGUUGAUAACCAAUGCAUGACAUUUUAUUGAUAAAUUGUUCCAUUUUUAGUAUGUUAGUAUACAAGAGCUGAAUAUAAAUUACCCACUUUACACUGAUGCCUGUGUCAAUGACACAUUUUUCAUGUGUUGCUUCUAGAUCAACAUGGAACAUAAUCCUACUAAAGACCAAGAGGAACACUACUUCAUGUAAUGUUUGUCUUUUAUAUUCAUAUGUUUGUCCAUCCAAGCUUAAAUGUCAUGAAGUGGCUGUUUUGACAACUGGAAAAUAGUAUGCAAUAAAGUUCCUGCUGGUUUAAGGGGUAAACACUCUCUCAGCAGGGUAAAACUUUUCCAUAAAGUUUGUCUUCAGGUGGUGAUGAGUGGAGUUGCUCUGUAGUGAGCUCUGAGACUACUUGUUAUGACCAGAACAUAACUAUGAAUAACUGAAUAGUUUGUGAGUAGAUGGACAGACUACUGUGCUUUCUCUAUGUAGACAUUUCAAUUAUGUCUGUUUUAACAAUUACUAGCUCAAGUUUGAUAAUUGGAGCGUCAAGCAGGAUAUCUAGUUGUCUGUACAUUGAAGAUAAAAAAGGGCAUCCACUUUCCACCAGGGGACAAAACUCUGAACUGAUAGCAUUUGGAAUUUACACAAGAGGGAGCCAUCCCUCUGAAAGCUCUUACCAAAGUCUGCCAAACGCUGUAAUUCUUGGCAAUACUCUGGUUAUUGGAUAGAUUAGAACGAAAGACUUAGCCAAAGCAUUACUUUAAUUUUCUGAUGCUGCAACUCCCUGAUUUUAGAGUGCACAUCAUUUCUUCAAAACUAAACUGUAAACAACCCAAAACAAACCAAUGAAGGUAAAGUUUGAGUGACCUCCUGAGAGCCAUUGUGAUUGUAGCGUAUUUUAACAACUGAGGCGAUUUCUAGAUGGAAAAACAAUAUGUGUAUGUAUUCUUAAAGUUAACUUACUAACGCCUAACCUCUGUAAUCACAUCAUAGACUAAUCAUAACUAGAGUGCAUCCUUCUGUGUGCAGUUCAGUCCAGAUUGCCCUGAUUAAAGUGGUCGGCCAGGUGCAAGACCCUUUGAAAAAGAUAGGCCCCCACAUGGUGCAUUAUUGAAUGAACAUCUAUGCUAUUGAAUGCUGUGUUGUUUUCAGAAUUGCAUUGGUUGCAAAGGUACAGAAAGUACAGGUAAAGAUGCUUCAGGUACUAAUCAGCUGAUAAAACUCACAUAUCAUGCGGAUGAGUGUGACAAACUUUGCCUCAAAAUAUUGGCCUGCCAAAGUCCAAGUGUUGUUGAAGUGCCUCUGGUUAAAGCAAAACAUGGUAAAUCAGUUAUUGAUACUAUGAUAAAGCUUAGCCAUGGUGAGAAGAAACUGUUUCAUAACAGACGUUUACAUCGGGGGCUACAAACGCAUUCAUAAACAAUCCUUUCAGACCUCUCAACAAGAGAAAAUAAGAUUCAAUCUUAUCUCAACCCAAUAUGAACAGAGUACUUUGCACUAUAAAUAAAAGUGGUAAUGAAACACUUUCUGUAAACAAGCAGAAACUUUGAGCAGAACCAGACUCAUGCCGAACAGCCAUCUGCCUGUAACUCUGUAGGGGUUGGAAAGGGAAUAGCAGGAGAUGCAGAAAAAAGAGAGAUGGAUAGAGACAACUGACCAAAACAAUCUCAACACCAAAAGAAACAGAAGCAGCACACACAGACUUAUGGUUACAGUCCUAAUAACAGUGGAUAAAGUAUGUGCAAAUGUUUUAGACAUGAACUUAAGCUUUGUGACGGGGAUAAUAAUGGAAAAGAUGUAGCAGCAAGAGUCCUGAGAGACAAAAGAUCUCAGAGACUCCAUGAUGGUUAGUGACUUUACCAGGACAUGUACAUUGAAGUUAUCGACAUGCAGACAGAUAGAGGAGAGUGGGGGAAAGACAGCAGCUCUUUGUACCUGUUACUUCAGCAGUAAAAGACGAUAGCAAGAUUGUUGAGAGCUGGUUCAGGCCUGAGCUGGCCCAAACCAAAUACACAUUCAGUCUGCUUACAAAAAGAGAGGUUGUCUUCUUCGCAGAGACUGACUUUUAGAUGAUUCCACUGGAGAGGGGCCUGAAAGCUGAAGGGUCUCAUUCCCAUACUGCUUUUAGAGAUAGUUGAUGUUUCAGAGAGCAAACAGAGAACCAUGAGCUCUUCAACACUGUCAGUACUGGAGUGUCAGUGUUUUAGACCAGCUGAAAGAAUCUUUAAGGACUUUUAAGAACAGACGGAUAAAAGGGAAUUACAGUGAUCCAACCUGGAGCUAACACAUGCACGGUAGAUUCAGUUUUGUCUGAGAUGAGCUGCAAAAAAUGUCAAAGUUUUUAUGUCUUCAAGGUGUGCUUCUAUUUUACUGAGCUGGUUGAUUUCUUCUGGUUUCAUUGAUUAGUAUAAUUCAGUAUCAUCUUCAUGACAGUUAAAAAGUUAUAAUCAGGAUGCAAAGUAGUCUCAGAUUAUUCCCAGUGUAGUUUCUUUAUCUGACAGGUAAAACAGUCUAAACUGCUCUGAGUUAUAGUGAGUUAGGAAUAUAACAUAAUGUGUGAGGAACUAAUGUGAAUCCUUUGUUAUCAGCCUGAAUUAUGCCAAGCAAGGCCUCUCUCCUCUUUGGGUUUGGUGGCUCUUUGACGAAAAUGCAGCAAUGGCAAAUUGAUUUCUGCAGAAAGGACUGUUAUCUUAUCUGUCACAUUAAAGGUAGUUGGGACUCAGUGCGACUGAGCUAUCCUGGCUCUGGGUUUCAUUGCAGAACAUCACACUUUGACAAGCUGUCCUGAGUUUUAAGACUCCAGAAAAUAUUUGCCUUUUGGCUGUACAAAAUACAAAAAUAAAUAAAUACAUGCAGUUGAUUGGAUUUACCCCAAUAAGGAACUGGAUUCAGAAAAUAGCAAGAAGGAAAAUCUUUGUUUCUGAGAUUUUAGACUAUAAAAACCUGCUUUGACCACAGUCUUCUUUUCUAUUUUCUAUCAUCCUUAAAGGAACCCUAAAAGCAUUAGCCUGUUCUUACUAGACAUGUUAAAAUAAAUGUUAAUAUAGAAAACUUCCAGUUAGUGUUACAAUAUGUGUUUUUAUGGAUAUAGAUUUGAGACCCAAAACCAAAAAAACACGAAUUUCCCGGUUAUAUGUGAUUUUGGGGGUGGAUUUUUCUAUGGCCUCAAAGAUGUGCACGGCUUCAUGAACCAUUAAACCACGCCUAUCUACUAAACUCAUAUCCAACAUGUCAAUUCUCUACUUGACUCAUGUACCAAAUUCAUGUGUGUCAGGGAUUUAUUUGAGUCAGAUUGGAGCUUGCAUGGCAGAGACAAAAGCUACUUCCUCUGUCUUGUCAAAACACCUGCCUUUGAGGGCUCCACAUGGCUGUACGGAGCAGCUUUUAAUCAUCAAUCCAUCCAUGACAUGCUGUGCAAACUUCGAAUUGAGUUUGUAAAACCCCUUGGAUGAGUUUGUUCAAGUAGACACCCUGAAAAUCACUAAAAAUAAGGCUAAAAUGACUUUGAACUGAAAUUUGCAGACUUCCUGUUGGGUUUAGUUGAUGGGUGCAAGAGACUUUUUUGUAGGACUUGAUGCGACAAACAUUCACUGUGAAGGUCAUACAAGUGAAUGGAAAUAACCCCUACAGGGGAUUUUAGUGGGCACUAUUGAGCACAACUUUCUCAGAUCUUGUUUUAUAAAACCAUUAAAAUACAAAGAUUUCACACACGUCUAAUGCUUGUCGAAAAAUUGUGAGUUUUCAUGCAUGUUGAGGCCUCCAAAAUAGCAGCCUUUUUACUGUUCAUUUAUCAUUAUCACCAGCAGCUACUGUAUACCACAGUACAAUGUGGACACUAUACUAACAUAACAAGAGUAACCAGACACAGUAAUCCGGGCUGAUUAGCUCCCUGCUCUCCACCAGGGAAGGGAGCUCACUGAUGGAGUGUUUCUGGGUGGGGUCCAACCAUGGGGGCAAGCUACGAGUAACUCUCUGGAAAUUGGUUGAAUCAGUGCUUUCACUCAUAACAAACAGGCAUUAAACUGGGAAAAAUAACAGCAGACCACAUUACAAAGUCUGCCUGGCUGAUUUAAUGUUAUCAUUAUCCAAAAAAAAAAAAAGCAAGUAUAUUUGUAUGAAUCAGGACUAAAUAAGCCACCUGUCUACUGAAUCACCAAAAACAAUUAGUAGUCUUUGGAAACUUUUGUCAUGAGGCAAGGUCAACAUGUUUCUGCAACACACUUUAUGGUCAAUUACAAAUCAAAUUUGACCCAAAAGUUGAUGUGCAAUCUGUGAAUGAAUGAAAACUUCAUCAAUAUUUACAAAAUGUUGUUUGCUCGCCACAUUGAUGAUGAAUAUGACAUCAAGUUGAUAAGUCAGUGAUAAAAUCAGUGCCUGAGUCACUGGGUUGUUGUUCUGACUAUAGCAGGUUUUCAAGUGCAUCAUCACAACGAGCUUCUCUGACACCACAUGAAUGCAGCAUAAAUGCCUCUUGAUUGUUGAUUUAUCAAUGCCUGUUGAUGAAACAACAAAAGACAUAUUGUCAAGAGCUAAAAAAUACGACCUUCAGUUUGUACGGAUAGUAUCGCCGACAGGUGUUCUGGCUUGGUUACUGUUGUUCCCAACAACAUUUAUACCUUUGCUUCACAUUAUGUCUCAAGUGUAAGAACUUGGUUUAUGUGAAUCUACAGUGAGAGAGUGAGUCAUUCAUGGCCUGAGGAGAGAAGGGAGAAGUCAGUUACAACCAUUAAACUCCUUCACAGAGCGAUUUCGUUUAAUACACAGUAUGGCUGGACAUUCAGGAGAUACAUGCUGCAGAGUGAUCACACAUCGUACACUUUAAUAAUAAAUGUUUAUCUUCAGGUACCAAACAUUCAUAGAUAUCUAUAUUUUCUGAUCACUUCAGAUCUUAGGAGGGUAAGACAUACAGCAAGGUAGAGCUUGACAGUCACAUGCAAUGGCAAUAAUAAAGGCAUAAGGCAUGCACAGUAGUGAUCUGGCUGGUGGAGCGGGAUUGACAUCACACCCCUGAAGACUAACUCAAACCUGGUCCCAAGUCAAUAAUGGCAGAAUAUUGAAGGAAUAUUUAUAUAGAAGGUGUAUUUGAAAGAUUGGUAUAUGCAGUUCUACCCUGUCACAUGCACAUGUGGAUGCACAGUUAAAUAUAAAAAUAAAUACAAUAUAGAUAAUCCUAGAGCAUAAAGCAAAGACAGGAUUUCAGUUUUGGUUGUCAAGUUUCAAUUUUUUAAACAUUUAUCUACAAACAGAUGAGCCAUGAACAGGAUAGCUUAUGUAGGACACCAUGGAAAUAUUCAACUAAUCAAUCAUUACUGAUAUCAUGACCCUUUACAACAACAACAGCAGCUCAUUCAGACUUAACAGUGCCAGUAAUCCAGGGAAAAGGAUGGACACUAUUUGCAGAAGAAUUAUAAAAAUCUUUUUUUGAAUGUAUGUUUUAAUUUAACUAUUUAUUACGGAGUUAAUGUAUUUAUAAAUGAUUUUUAAUAUACAAUUUUAAAUAUUAAUCUGUAUUUUUUUCUCUUAAUUCCUUGCAUUGUUUACAUUUAUCCUCCAUAUGUGUAAGGUUAAAUUGAAGAAAUCAUUAAGAAGACAUCCAGGAAGAUCUGUGACAAGAUAUUGAAGGAAAUGCAGAGGAAGAUAUCUUUUGAGAAGCAGAGUUUACCGGGUUUAAUUUAUUCUAUUCCAGAUGCCGUUUGUAACUUGAUAGUCUUCCAGAAUGAUCUCAUUUGGACAGGGAAGAUGGUGUCACUGACAAACAGAAGGUCAUCUGAGUAUAGCGCUGCUUUGAGUACAAAGUCCUUCAGGCUAUCCCCCUCAAAUGUUUGGCAGUGUCACAACGAAAUAGAAAGCAGUUUGAUGAUGAACUGCAAAGUAUUAGAGAGAGAGGGGGCACCUCUGUCUUCUUCUUCUAUUAAUGUAAACAUGAAUCGUCUCAGCUGCGCAGAGAGACACCUGCAGAGCAAUACACUGGAGUAUAUAUAGUAUAAACAGUAAAGCCAAAUUUCUCUAGUUUUAAGUCCUGCUCUACUGAUUGAACUGUUUAGGAUAUCACUAGUUCAGGGAUCCCAUACUAGAGGUCGGUAUCACUAAAUAUUAAAAAACUUGCUAGUACUAGAAAAAGGACUACUUUCCAGUCAGACCAUAAUCUGUUGGAGCUUAGAUGACACAUCAGAUCUUAUACGGUUAAUCAGUUCUGUCUUAUAGCCUGGAGGAACCUCUUUGGAGCUACCAUUGGCUGGAGAGUUAGCCUCAGUUUGGCUAACACUAUCUGAGCAUGAGCAAGGUACUGCAAUGCUGUGUUAGUGUUCAUUGAGCAUGUUUCCCCAAGCUUGAAUCACAUAUACGUACUUUCAAUAAUGUGAGGAACCCAAAAACACCAAUAUCAGGAAACUCCAAAGCUCUUCAGAAUUGACAGCUGGACGCUACCACGCCUGAUUCCACUGGAGGUCUUUAAGUAACAAUUACUGUCCAAUACUGUGGGCGCUUGGUAGAUUUUGACAAUGAAAGACAUUAUAUUGCUGUGCCAAAGAGCACGGCCUUCAGAUACUUGUUGGCUGUUGUCUGAUGACUUUACUGUCUUAGGUUGAGAACACAGGCAGCUGUAAAGGUUAAAAGUUAUCUGGCCUAAACUUCCUUGUUCCGUGUGCUGGCCAUCGUUUGUAGUCAUAUGAUCGUUCAUGUUCACAGAGUAAAUAUUAUGCUAACUUCCUCUGCUAGCUUAGCUGUGCAGUCUUUGAUAACCCCUCUUGGAUUUUCAUAUGGACUUUGACAGUUUCUUGACAUCUCCCAAUAGUCAGGUUGUGGUUGUUAGCACUACAAACCCAGUCUCUGUCAUGGUCACAUCAAAGCUGGUACUGCAGAUGGUAAAUGUCUUAACUAACAUCUCCCUUGAUCUACUGUCCAUAUUGUCCCUUUGGUGCUUCUAUUCAGGUUGGGACAACACAGUGCCUUGAAGGAGUAUCUUUAGAUUAGAUUAAAACAUAUCUACUCUCAAGUUAGUAACGUAUUUCUUUCUUUGGUGCUCAAAGAAGUAAAGUUAUGAGGCCGUUGAUUGACUCCUGCUGCCUUUCUGAAACUGACUGGCUCUGACAGAUUAUUUUGUCUAACUUGGCUCACACAGUAUGAGCGGUGCAAUGAAUUAAACUCAAAAUGACCAGUAUGCUGGAACUGUUGAACCGGUUUAGAUAAGGUCCUGGUUCCUUAUGCCCAAACAAAGUAUUGCCGGCUCUGACAGGGUUUCCUUUGCUCUUUAUGGACUCAGCAGAACUGGUUAAUGAUUGGCUUAGACACAGUGUUCUAACUCUGUUUGACAGUAUUGGCACAAACAGAGAGCUCUGGCUCAGACCAAGACUUUCUGGCUUGUGAGUGGCUCAUUCAAAGUGUUCUCGUUGCUGGUCUGCUCAGAAACAUUGUACCAACACUAAAAUUUUAGCUCCUUAGUGCUGUCCUGGCUCUCAUUUUGCCUAAGAUGAAGUAGUGUGGCUACUUUAGUCAUGUAGCAGGGAAGCAAAAGGUUACAGUAGCCCUACCACUUGAAUCUGUCCUGAUUAGUUCUUAAAACCCCCUCAGAUUUUCUCAAGAGCUGGCUUCAUCAGAGCCAUGAACUACAUCUGAAUUGCUCGUAGCAUUAGCCAUGUUGAAGCCAUAAAUGUUACUGCUCACAAGACAUGUUCAAUAGAGAGGUUUAUGCCCAAGAAAGUUUGUUUUUACUAAUUGAAUGGCAAUGUUUAUUACAACAGUGGAUGGUGGCAUCAUUUAUCUAGAAAAGUGACUGUACUCCUCAUGGCUGAGGCCAGCAGUCAAUGACCACUUCAGGGCCAGGAGGAUAAAACAAAGAGACUGGUGACUGUAACAAAGAGGCACGAAAGUAGGACAAGUUACCAGACAACUGAGGCAGAGUUAUGAUGUCCUUUUGCAGACAUUCAAAAAAGAAAAUAUAUGAUGUUUCUGGUUGUAAAUUUGGCAAGCACAAAGAGACUCUGUUAGAAUAUGAGUAUAUGACCGGUCAUCCGUCCAAUAAGACUGCAGGUUAUUUGAAUCAUGAACAACAUAUGUAAUUCCAUUUAUAUGUGACAGUUUCAUUUAAAAAUGUUCGUAAAGUGUAAAAAAGUGAGAAUAAUAAAAACCUUCUUUACAAAAUUGGACUAUGUUAAGAAACCGCUCACAAGAAAUUUUGCAACAAUGCAAAAGUCGGGGCUGCUUAUCAUCACGGCUUGAUGGGGUAGAUGAGGCAUUUUAACUUGCUGGAUGUUGCUUUCAUUCGUUCUUAUAUAUUGUAUAGAAGUCUGUUGAAUGUGCUAAGCUGUACCCUGAUAUGAAACAAAUAAUUCUGUCACUAUUACAAGACAGCCACUCUUGGUGGUGGUACAUAGAGAAAAUAGAAAAAUUGAGAAAAUCUUUAGGCUUGAUCAGUUAAUAUCAGUUAAUUCAGUUAAUUAAUAUUGAUUGUUGCGCACUCUUACCUGUCAUUAACCCUAACAACUUUGAAACAGGACUUUUUGAUCCCAACAAUUUAUUGAAGAAACUGAAUGUGCUAAAACUAACACAGGAUUUCUUAUCAGUUUGAAAGGCUGCAUAGCAAAACUAAAAUGUAAAAAAUAAAAUUUUGUAAGUUUUAAAUGGACUGCUUACAAAAUAAGAUAAAGGUGGAUAAAUGUAACAAGUGGGGGGCUCUUAAUGGAGAAUGAUGCAGAUUGAAGUCUUGUGUAAGGCGCUAGUUUGAGCUGAUUCAGAAAGGUGCUGAAAUACUGUUCUUACCAAAUCCCACUCAUGACUUUCCUGGUUUGUGGGCAUAAGCUCACAGUUUGCACUUCAUGAACCCCCAGAUAAAAGGGGAUAUCCUGUGUUCUUGGUAACAGCAUGCCAUUCUAAUAAAGCAGUGGGGUAUGCACUAUAAAUGCAGAUAAAUGCAGAAAUGAUCAAAAAGCUGUAAUGAUUAUCAGCAAAUCUCAUUAUGAAAAUGAUGUGCACAUCCUCAGUAGCAUCUGUGAUGAUCGACAACUUAUUUUACUGCAGAUACAAAGAUGUUAAAGUCAAAUCGAAUCAAAAAGCCGAUGGAAAUAAAAUUAUUUAAAAAACCCCAGAUUGAUUUGCUCUCAUCAAACUCCACCAUAGUGAGGUUUUAAUCAUCAUCAGGUGAUGACGUGUGUCUGUCAUUUAAUAUAACAAUAUUUGACCUUUGAAAUAUUUAAAUAUUCAUCUUUUUGUUUACAACUCAGUACUUUACUCAUAAAAACAUGUCUGUAUAUAUUAUAUAUGAUUUAUUAAUUAAAGGGCCGAGUGCUUUCAUUGAUCAGGGUCCUGUGCAUGUGCAGAGCGCCGGGCUAUACGUUAUUAAACAUGAUUUUGCCUCAACUCUCUCUUUAAUAUGUUUGUAUCAUAGGUAUAGUAGAUAAUUCAUUAUUUUCCAGUGGCUGAUAGUUUAUUCUUUAACUGCACAACCUGGGAUAGAUCCUCCAUAACUUGGUUAAAUUUAGGUUUUACUGUGAAAAUAAUCAGACAGCCUGUUUUAUCUUUUAAGCUUUGAGAAAAUAUUGCAUGAUUUAUUUCUUGUCAUCAAUAACAAACUUGUACAAUGAAUAUAUGUCUCGUCACUCAGUGGGGGAUAGAAACAGUCCAAUCAGCCCCAUGGGGUCACCUUGAAUGAGUUUGGGGUCUACAUGUUUGCAUCCCUGGAGGUCAGGCCUCACUGACAAGUUUUAGUAGAGAUAAAAGUUAUAGUGAAAAUCUUGAUUCAAUCAGAUGUCAUGGUUUACUGUAAGAUUAGUUAGAAGUUAGAAACUCCAGGUUCUGAAGGAAUGAGCUACUUGAAUUAUUUUGGUCCCCUCAUACUUUAAAAAGAAGUGUAACAAAGUAUUUUCUCUUUCAUAGGUUCCCAAUGUUGAACAUGUCCACCCCCAGUGAGCUGAAGUCUCCCUGCGUGACUCGCAACGGUAUGGUGAAGUUGCCCCCCAGCCAGCCCAACGGUCUGGGCAGUGCAAGUAUCACAAAGGGGACACCUGCUGCCAAGAACCGCCUCUGCCAGUCCUCCUCUGUACCCUCCAUUCUGCCCCCUCCAUCAUCAUCCCUUCCAUUUCACCACCAUCACCUGGAUGGCCCUGGGAUUCCCAACUCAGCAGCCUCUCUCCUUGGCUCUGAUCUGGAGCCUGGAAAGCCUCUCGUGGGCUUGAAGCCAUCCCUUCGUCAGCUUCCCCCUCUCACUCUACCAAAACCUAUGCUGCUGGAGCGCCAGCUUGUUUUGGAUGAGAAGCUGCUCAACAGAUUGCUAUGGUACUUCACUACAGCUGAAAAGUGUGUGCUGGCGCAGGUGUGCAAGACAUGGCGCAAGGUGCUGUACCAGCCCAAGUUUUGGGAAGGCGUAGUACCCAUCUUGCACGCCAAGGAGCUAUAUACUCUUUUGCCUAACGGGGAAAAGGAAUUUGUCAGUCUGCAGGCCUUUGCCCUGCGUGGCUUCCAGUCUUUUUGCCUUGUGGGUGUGUCAGACCUGGACAUUUGUGAGUUUAUCGACAAUUACCCGCUGUCCAAGAAAGGGGUUCGCUCAGUCAGCCUUAAGAGGUCCACCAUCACGGAUGCUGGGUUGGAGGUGAGUCAGGACUUGACAGAGAUUUUUAGAUACAGGUUUCCGUGACCUUGCAAGUGGCUGAGUUGUGAUAUUGGUAUUUAUGAACAAGGCUUCAAAAUAUUACUGGUGUUUUCCCUGUUAUAUGUAAUGUAAAAGAUAGUUUUUUAUGGAUGUAAUUGAGGCUUUCACUUCUCAUGGGUAAGACUUAUCUGAGCCAGAUCCAGAUACUGGUGUUGAAUGUGGUCUCUGAUGGUUAAGGCUGGUGAAAUAAAGUAACAAUAAAGUAGAAUUACUUUUAUACCUCAAAAAGGCAAAUUCUUAAAGCCUUAAACUCUGGUUAUUCUUGCAUUACCUGCUGUCAUAAUGCUGCGUAAAGCUUGUGGUUCUGAGACUUGAGAGAAGCCCCACUUGUUAGUAACAGUUUAGAUGCAUAUCCAGCCUGCACUGGCUUUUGCUUUCGAAGGAGUCCUACUGUUUUCUGGUGCCUACAUCGGAGAAGAGAAAUCAGCCAUGACUUGCUGCCACAACAGCAAGAAAAGGAGGAAAAGUCGGAGGACAGCAGAGCCAAAUCUCAUGAAGUUCUCAAAUCGAGCUGUUCAGAGAAGCCAGAAAACGCAUCCAGGGUUUAGGCUAAAACUUGUGUACCUCAGGCAAUUUACCAACAUAUGCAUGUAUGAGAGUUUGAAUCAGCAGAACGGGUCUAAUUUAAGUGUUGGUUUACACGAGUACAUCUUUGAAAUUAAAAUGCAAAGCCCUUAUCGCUUUUGUUGUAGGACUCUGUGAUCAUAUCACUGGGCUUUUGUCACAUUUCUCACUCUGGGUUUGGUUUUGGGUCAUGAUGGUAGGUCUUUAACUACAUUUAUAUUCAUUAACUGAGUCAAACCCCCGGUCUUUAUCUUUGCAGGUGAUGUUGGAGCAGAUGCAAGGCCUGAUGCACCUUGAACUUUCAGGCUGCAAUGACUUUACCGAGGCUGGUCUGUGGUCUAGUCUGAACGCCCGGCUGACUUCCCUGAGUGUCAGUGACUGCAUUAAUGUGGCAGAUGAUGCCAUUGCUGCUAUUUCCCAGCUCCUGCCCAACCUCUCCGAGUUGAGCCUGCAGGCCUACCAUGUUACUGACACAGCCAUGGCAUAUUUCACGGCCAAACAGGUAGGCUUUGAAAACAAGAGGAAACAACUUCAUACUUUACAGACCGCUUUGUCAAAGUUAAUUAAUUCAUAUCUAUGAUGUAGUUUUGAUCCAAAUCCUGAAAUGGUUAAGGCUUGUUUGAUUUUACUAUAUGAACCUCAUCCUUAACCCUCCCUGUCAGAGUGACUGGUUAUUAAAUAUUCAAAAUUAUUUGUAACCAACAGGGCUACACCACCCACACUCUGCGGCUUCACUCCUGCUGGGAGAUCACCAAUCAUGGUGUGGUAAAUAUGGUGCACAGUCUUCCUAACUUGACUGCCCUUAGCCUGUCCGGCUGUUCCAAGAUCACUGACGACGGGGUAGAGCUGGUUGCAGAGAACCUGCGUAAGCUCCGCAGCCUGGACUUAUCUUGGUGCCCUCGGAUCACUGACAUGGCCCUGGAGUACAUCGCUUGUGACCUGCAUAAACUGGAGGAACUGGUGCUGGACAGGUCAGUCUUUUUUUUCCUUCUAUGAGGCUGUACUAAUGAGUGGCCUUGCAGACACAGUGUAUAUUGGGCAUCUGGGGCAUGUGGUGAUACAAUGGGUCUAUGGGGGUUAUACUGACGCCCUUGCAAUGUAAAUCUGUGUUCGUCUAUGUUUGACUCGUAAAAAGAGUGAUUUUUUGGAAUUAUUAUUAUUAUUUUGUCAAUAAAAAAAGAAAAAAUAAUCUUAUUCGAAAACUGACUCAAUGCUAAAUGGACUAUCUUGCAGCUAGUGGGGGCUGAUGUUGUCAAGUGGUCACCUUGGGGCACGAUUGACUCAACUACUGGUGAAUUUAUUCAGGUGAAUUAAUGUGUCUUCUCGCAGGUGUGUGCGAAUCACAGACACUGGCUUGGGUUAUUUGUCAACCAUGUCUUCAUUAAGGAGCCUCUACCUGCGCUGGUGCUGUCAGGUAACACAGCUGAAUGUCACACACUGAGGAUUUACUUUACACACAGUCACAAUUACCAGAUUUUUGUGAAGCGGUGGUUUUUGAUUACUUCUGUGUGUGUGUGUGUGUGUGUGUGUAUGUGCGUCUGUGUGUGUUUAUUUGAUUGCAGGUGCAAGAUUUUGGACUGCAACAUUUGUUUGGGAUGAGGAGUCUUCGUUUACUGUCCCUUGCAGGUAUGAUUUGUUUAUCCAUUGAUUUAACAACCACAUUAAGACUGAUAAGAAACUGCAUGAAUAGGCUGUGUAUGUCCCUCUACUGAAUAACCUCAGGGGCGAAUACAGAAACAGGACGGUGCUUGUCAUAAAUGUCUGCUUUGAGGUCUGUCUUGACAUGUAAAUAUUUAAGAAUAUUCAUAUUGGUAUUGUUUAUAUAUUUUCUCCAUGCACUGUUUUAAUAAACAAUCACAUUCCUGCAGGAAACUUUGGACAAACAUCAAUUUAAGCUCUUAAAGACUACAUCUUUGAAGAUUUCAAUGUUGCCUUUCUCUUUUAUUACUUUUAAAGGUUAAAAAUUAUGUGCUAGAAUAUUAACAUCCUUUUGAUACUUUGAUGUUAGCACUCAAAAUAGAUAUGAUUAAUCAAAAUAAAAGGGCAAAUAUAUGUAGAGGCUACAUGCCACCCGUGUUCAAGUCAGUGCCCCAGUUUGGCCUCUCUGGUCAAAAAAGUCUUGUUACAUUACUAACAUCAAAACUCUAACAUGUGUUGGUAAAAAUUCAAUGAAUGAAAUAUUGCAACUUGAUUUAAAAAAACAGCUAACACAAGGGGAGAGAACUUAAAGCAUAGGGGAUAGCAAAAUAGGGCAGUAUAGAGGUGUGGUGCAGGGAAAGAAAUAAAGAGACUCUUAUAAAUGACGCUUUUACUCCUUUUCUUCACCCCACUUUCUAAAACAGGAGUCAAUAAUUGUCUGAAUAAUGCUGCACAGUGUCUGUUUAUGAUAACCACCUGAUGCAUUGCUGUGUAAAAGUAACAUCAAUGAUCGCUGUCAGCUCCUAAAAUAUAAAAGCUAACAUGGACGAUAAAAACAGCAACUUUAAAAAACUUUUUAAAAUCAUGUGAACUUUGCACAGACGUCACAUGACAUGUCGCAAGUAUGGAAAAGUAUGGAAAAGUAUGGAAGUAAUUUGAUCAAUUUCCAGGUCUUAAAAAGUAUGGUAAAUGAAAAAUAAAAUAUGAAAAAUAUUUAUGUUAACAGACUAUAUUACCACAGUUAUACUGUUUUCUAAAAUAGAAAAGUAGGUAUUUUCAGGAAUAAUUCUAAAAAGUAGGGUAUGGAAAAAUAUGGAAAUUCCAGUUGUGUAUAGGAACCAUGUGUUAUGAGUAGAUUUUGACAGAACUGACUAAAUUAACCCUUUGGAUGUCACUUGCUUGACGGCUUUUUCUCUACUAUCUACUACCUAUGCUGCGUGAUUUGAAUAACACAUGCUUGAUAUUUAUUCCCCGAAAUUUGGUCCAUUUUAAGCAUCUACAAACAUUUUCUAUGAGUCCCAUUAAAGGGAUAUUCCAGUGUAAAAUUAAUUUAGGGUCAAACACACUGUAACACCGAGUUAGACACCCCAUUGACUGAUGAAUGUUGCCGACCGCUUGCUUCUCUAGUUAUACCAACUUUAGUAACGACCGCACAAUAGCAAUACACAAUGGUCUGAGAAGCCACGCACUCAACCAAAACACCACUCUAUAGCCACAAAUAAUGCUCAGAACAGCACCUAACUUCAUCAACAGCACAUAUAGGGUCCCAGCCAUAGUACUAGCCACCAAACAUCUUUUUAGCUUUGCCUAAUUUUUUUAGCAAAGAGACUAAACACAACUCACCUACUCUCUUCCAGCAGCCGCUUGUUUGUACGGAGACCUAGAAAAGUCCAAACUGCCUGCAGUUGGGGGACGCAGCUCAAGGAAGAACAUUUUUGAUUAUUACUCACGGAAAUGCAAUCAGACUGAGACGCUAAAGCAGAGGAACUACCGCGUUUGCAGUGCAAAAUAAUUAAUAUGAUGAUUACUACUUCAAGGAAAUGAUAAAGUAAUGAUCAUAAAUGUUGUUCCUUGAGCUGCGUCACCCCGCAACGGUCUGUAGUGGACUCACCCGAGGUCUCUGUACAAACAAGCGGCUGCUGGAAGAGAGUGGGUGAGUCAGGCAAAGCUAAAAAGAUACUAAAGUUGGUUUAACUAGAGAAGCAAGUAGUCGGCAACAUUCAUCUCUCGAAGGAGGGUUGACUAACUUGGUGUUACGGUGUGUUUGACCCUAACUUAAUUUUACACCGGAAUAUCCCUUUAAGACAUGUUAUAAUGGCGUGUUGGGGAUGAGGAUAAAUCAGGAUAUCUGAUUCAGAAAUUGUUCAUAUAGCGCUUUCACACUGUCACUGUCAGUCUGUGAACGUAAGAGAAACACCGUACAGGAGUUAUUAUACUAUCACUAAUACUAACAUUACCCUGUCUGGUGAAUGAUAAUCCAUUGCUAGUUGUAGUGAAGCAUUUCAUAACCUUUUGGCUGCAUUAGUACCUCUCUUACUUGUAAUUCAGCCUACAGCUGAACAUUUCCCUCCCUGCUAUGUCUCUCAGGCUGUCCCCUGCUGACCACCACUGGUCUGUCAGGCCUCAUUCAGCUGCAGGAGCUUGAGGAGCUGGAACUGACCAACUGCCCUGGAGCCACUGCCGAGCUCUUCAAAUACUACUCUCAGCAUCUGCCACACUGCAUGGUCAUCGAAUAACACCACUAACCCCCUCAACAACCAACCAGUGGUUCACCUUAUUUCCACCUUCUUCUUCCUUACUUUUCCUCACUCUUUUCUCGAAAGCUAGCAAAGAGACUGAACUGCUUCAACUGUACCAUGUCGUUCCUCAAUACCCGUCCCAUCUUCUUCCAUACCCCUCUGAGUAGACUGACCCACAGGUGGAUAGAGAGGCAGUCAGGCAAGUGAUGGUACAUGCCAGACCCAGGAUGGUGGGAUAGCGUUUGAGCUUCGUUUAAGAAGACACUGGAGGGAAGAACUUUGGUGUGAUAUCUUUGUUUUGAAAGCGAGUUUUCUUUUUCAAAAACCAUACAAAGGCUUUUUUGGGGUGCAUUUCUAAGGAUAAUAAUCAUUUUUGAGCUCAAUGGAGACUAAAGAGGAUGACAUGUGUGGAAACAGUUAAGGAUACGAGUAAGAGGAAUCGGAAAAAAAAGGAAAACGAGGACUAAAGGGUUUGAGCUAGGAUGGCAAUCUCAUACAUUGCCUCAUAAACUGUAAACACACUCACACAAAUGUAUAUGGUAAGUGAAACAAAUGUCAAAACCAUGAGUGCUGAUGUUUCUAUUUUCCAACACUCUGUGUAAUAUAGAUACCGUUAUUCUUUUUUUUUCAGAAGGUAUUAAAGGUUACGUUUUCUCUUGCUUUAAGAGAGAUUUCAGAUGACAGCUGGAGAAACAGGAACUAAAGAGAACUAAAGAUACAGUUAAUACAGAUGGACCCCCCUCUCCUCCUAUCACCUCCCCUUCCUCCCUCUCUUCCUCCCUUUCACUUCUUUGUGUGUCAUGGACUGACAAGUUUUUGGGACAUGUUUCUCCUCUCAUGCGUCUUAACCUCCCCAACACCAUCAAUUUAAGAAAAAAAAACUUUAAAAAAGGGACAAACUUUGAACAGUUUACAGUGUUGAAGUAAUCAGCUUAUUGUUUUACUUUAAAUCUUAUUUUUUUUAAUUCCUUAGUUUACAAUUACAGGAUAACACAAGUGUUGGGCCUCUAAAGGGAAAAUGGCAAAGCAGUUCAAUAUUAAGUGAGAGAGCAGAGAAAUUAAUCUGUCCGUUUUUUGCUUUUUCCUCAAAUUAUCAAUCCAACUGAGAAACGAGGCCGUUGUGGGGUGAAACAUGACUUUUUCAGGGUCAUCUGGUACCAGAGCUAAAUGCUUGAUCCUAUUCAUUCCAUGUUUUAACUGCUAUAUAAGAUAAAUCAGAGGUAAAGGGAUGCUGUGUGAAUUGCGAAAAGGGAUUUCAGUAUUUGAAUUACUAACAGUAUUUAAAAUGUCCACUAGGGGUCAGAGUGGGACAAUAACAGGAGCUCAGGGCCCCUGUAAUGUGGCAGGUUUGAGAAUCUGGUUUGGUACGAGCUGGUAUGAAAGUAUUUAAAGUUUCCUUAUUGUGUGCAUGGCCUUUUUUAUUCCUUUAUCCUUUUUUAUAAAUUUUGUUCAGCCUAGCUUAGCCCAUCCUUUGAAAUAUUUUUUAACAAACCCUAAACAAAGUUUGAGAAUUUCAGUCACCAAGACGGUUAUCCCUGAAUGGUUAAACCCAGAGUCUCAAAGGUUUUCUUUGAGCUUGGAUCUUAUUUCUGUAGCUUUUCUGAGGAAAUUCAUGAUGGGCUGUUACAGGAAAGUUAAUUUGAGAGCUAAUCUUGAGCUGAGCUCAGGGAAUGCUGCCAUCUGAUGAUCAGGCGAGUUGUAGGAAGACUAAUACACUACCCAGGCUUCUUUUAAAAGUUGUUGACAGUGAAUGCAAACACUCACGUAUUUUCGAAAGCCAUAGAUUCUCAUGCAGACUACUGAUAAAGACAGGCAUCUGAUUAAGUUUUUGACUGUGGGCAACAUGGAAAGAUUUGAAGUUUCCCAUAUAGGACUUUAUUUGACAUGGAGAUAAGUUAUUGAUGUAACAAAGUUGAAAAAAUAACAAACUUUAAGGUUGGUGGUUGUUUUCCUUACCUGCUAUCUUCUUUCUUUAGAAUGAGCCCAACAAUGAGCCACUGUGCUGCUUUUUGCUUCUUGUGUGUCCUCAGAUGUGCUGACUGCCAACAGAGGGUCUUGGAAACGUGUCAGCCAGUAUAAGACUGUGCCAAAUGCAUAUGGAGCAGCACAUUAAAUGUGGCUGCUUGCCUCUAUAUGAUUGCUGACUACACAGAAGUUAACUGAGAGUGAACUUCACGAUACGGCAGACCGUGCAUGUGUUAGGUUGGUCUGCGUUUUUGUUUCAGGAAGGCUCAUUUUGGAGGUUCUGAAUCUCUUCAUUGUACAUAACUGUAUUUAAUUAUUUAUCUGUGUAUUUAUUUAAUUGCUUUCUUGCUUAUUUACAUGAUUUAUUUAUUGAGAAGCCUUCUUUCAAAGGGUUUUGUUAAAUGGAACUUGCUUCAAAUUUUGGCCAGCGAUGGCUUGAGUACUGGUUUGAUUUAUACUCAUUAUUUUUUGAUGUGUCAACCCACCUAUUAACAUUAAAAGUACACUCUUUUAGACAUCAGUGACCGAUAACAUCAUUGAGACUGACUAAAAAUUUUUAAAUCUUCAUAAUGCUCAAAGUAUAUUUUCUUCUGUGCAAGUGUGUGUCAUCUUUGUAUUGCUGUUGGGUCCAUUAUUAAGAAUAAGGGCAUAAAUUAGGGUGACAAGUUAUAUUUACUGUCAUUGUCUUGAGUGUGGUAAAACAGAGUAUGCUAUAUAUAAAAGCAGUUGAAGUCAAAGAUUGACUGCUGUGAUGGAUAAGCAAUGUUUACACUAUCUGCUAAGAUGACAAAGGGUUACAUCUUAGAGUUGUUGCUGCAGAAGAUGAGAAUUCAGUGGAAGCUUACGAUCGGCAAAGCUGCUGAAAAGUAAACAGAUAAUUGAGUAGAUUUAAAAGGUAUUCAAAGGUAUCCAAAACCCCCUGAGAUUUGAGAUGGAAGUAACCUGUUAAAAUCAUAGACUGUAUAUAAGAUGGACAACCUGGUUCCGCCUUCCGCCUGUAUACGGAUUUGAAGCCAAAAAAGCUCUCGGUAAUUCCGGGUUUUUCUCCACUUUUUGAAACCUGAGCUGCGCAGUAGCGAUGCGCGUAUUCGGCCGCGCAGUCGCCGAGAGUCGCUGUGAUAACGCUCGUCUCAAACAGCGUAUCCCCCCGGGUGAGCUACGCAAUCCCUGAACGCCAAUAGGCUGUACCAGGUGUCAAUCAUAGAGAACGUAAACCCCCUAAUAACUUUUAAAAACGGAGCUUCACAGAAAAAAAAGGGACCUGUACUGCAGCCCACCAUCAGAGGGUGCUGUUCUCGGAGUGGCUUCACCCAGCGAGGAGCCAGACUCUGUCCAUUCUAAAUACAGUCUAUGGUUAAAACCCUCUUAAGUGAAACGUAACAUCUUAAUUAAAAAGCCGAAAACGUGGAUUUCAGUUAUAAAACGGCUGCUCUGAUUGAAUUUGAAAUACUUUCAUCCAUGUCGGGUACAAAUAUCAGAAUGUUUUACACCAUUUGAAUGUGAAUAAUCAGGUGAUUUACUUUAAAAAGAUCCCAGUUUUGCCUCAAAGAUGUAUUUCAAAAUGCGUACUGCACAAACUAGUCUUACUGAUGUUCCCUACUCUCUCAGCAUUUUUGCUCUCAAUAAGCUUCCAAAGGAUUCAAGUCUAAGUUUACAUAUUUUGAACUGGGGCAUGCACUGUCAUGGAUUUCUCAGUGAAUGACAAACUAAGAGCAAACCUUUCUGAUGAACAUGAUCUAGUGUACUUUUUUUCUAAAGAGAAUCAUUCCUGUCACUUCUAUCAUUACAGUCUUCGGUCUUUUUUGUCACCAUUUUGUUACAAUCCUUGUACAGCACAACUUUAAGUAAGCAGUAAAAUAAAUACUGACCGCUUACUGAUAAUGUUGAAAAUUGCAGAAUUUUUGUGCUGUUUCAGUUUCAGUGUUUUUAGCUCUCCUGUGCCUGUAAUCAUCUGACUUUGAUUGAAGACCAUCUUAGCACUGAUGACCAGCAGCUUUUGUGCUUUGGUACCUGCAGAUGUUUUAGAUCAUUUAAAUAAAGGAUAAACUUAUACCAACAUCCCACACAAACAAGUCUGUGAACAAGAAAAAGGGCCCGAACAAGAUGCGGUCGGUUAGAGGUUUGAAUUUUUUGAAGGGAUAAUGAAAAUGAUUAUAUGUACAGCUGCUGUCACAAAUACAUAAAACAGUAUUUCUACUGCAAAGUGAUGAAAAAGUAAAAUAUGCAUUGCAAGUUUUCCUACAAGUCUGAUAGGGAUAA